AUGGAUCAGCUCGUUGCUCGACCCUCUCUCUCAACCCUCGAAACUGAAUCAAAUGAAUUUCCCCUUAAACCAAACAAAGCUGCAGACUGGAGCACAGUGCGUCACCCCUCAGGUGUAGGGGCCUCUGUGUCUACAGCCAGUGGCUGGGGCUCCUCUACCUUUGACUCUUUUGCCUCUUUCAGUGCAACUGCCGCGGACCCCUCCGAUGAAACAGAAAUCAACGCCUUCAACAACAGCAUCGGCAGCAUCGCCAGCAACAGCAGCAUCAGCAGCAGCAGCAGCAACAGUAACAGCAGCAGCAGCAGCAACAGUAACAGCAGCAGCAGUAGCAGCAGCUGGAACGGCAACAGCAGCAGCACAGGCAUCAACCCCCAACCGUUGAAACACCAGUAUAUUGGGGUAUUGAACAGUGCUGCGUCUGCCGCCCCUCUGCGAUCUGUGGGUAUUCCGGCCACCGCCAUUUCGGUUACAGACACAUCGCCAGCUUGGGCGCAGUAUCAGUACACCACCACCAUCAGCAGCAGCAGCAGCAGCAGCAGUAGCAGCAGCAGCAGCAGCAGCAGCGCCUCGGGCUGCUGCACGCCUCUUUACUGCAGCCUGACUCCAACCCCGACCGUGGAGACGCUGGCCUCGCCUCAGCCACCGAGCAGAGAAAGGGGCAACGAAACCACAGAACCUGCAGCAGCAGCAGCAGCAGCAGCAGCAGGAGCAGCAGCAGCAGCAGAAGGCAGCUCUGGCUUUGCUGGUUCUGCAUGCACUAGCAGCAGCCGACCCCGUUCCUCUCUGCGUCUGAAUCACCAGCCGCUGCCUGUGACAUCUCUGCCGCAGGAGGUGCAGGCGGCGCUGCAGCAGGACCGCGGGGCCCCCCACCGCAGCACUUCUCUGCCUGAGUGGUUUGACAUUCAUACGGGGUGUAUAAAGAAGGAGCUGCUGCCUCAGCUGCCUUCGUUUCGCUCUACCCUCAAUACAUCCGUCGCCAAGCUUUCAGCUGCGUCGCGCAUACACCACAGAGUCAGGUGGCCUGGGGAGUCAGCUAAGGCUGCAGCUGCACGCAUGCAACACCUGCACCCCAAGCCUGCAGUAGCAGCAACAUCUGCUGCUGCACCAACUCGCAGCAGCUCCAUGGCAGUUGGAGGCUCCGCAUCUGCUGCUGCUGCUGCAGCAGCAGCAGCAGCAGCAUCUGGUGCUGCUGCUUCUCCUGCGCUGCUCCGCGGGAAAUCUGAUUCGUUUGCCUUUGGUCUUCAUUCACGAGUGCCUACGGCCAAGGAGUAUAGAGAGCUGUCGCCCUACAAAGAGGGAGACCCUCCUCCUUUCUCUUCUCCUGCUGCUUCACUCGCAGGCAGUUUGCCUGCAGCAGCAGCAGCAGCAGCAGCUGAACAGCAGCAGCAGCAGCAGCAGCAGCAGCACAUGCCGGCUGCAGCAAGCCCCCUAAGAGGCGGUGUAUACAGCCGGUCUUCGAGCCUGGUCAACAAAAUGACGCAAAUGCUGCAGCGCCUCCUCAACUACCCGCCGCUGCAGGAACACCAGGAAUCCAGACGCAUGCGGAUCUGUGACCGGCGGAGGGAAACUUCGGGGCUUUGUUUGCAUGCAGCGACGGCUGACGAGACUCUGGUUGACGGCGGCGUGCAGAUACACCCCAACGUCUUCCUUUUACAAGACUUCGCCUGCGGCGUCGUGUCCACCCGGCGUUGGCAGCUGAGCCGAAAUCCGCGCGCCUUUGCAGCAUCUGUACUGCAGCAGCUGCAGCAGCAGCUGCAGCAAAAGCUGCAGGCGUUGCAGCAGCAGUCUGCAUCACAAGGGGCACCUCAUCAGACUCAGUCUGGCGAGCAGCCACUCGUUGACGAGAAACAUUCUUUAAACUCUUCAGUGCAAAGCCACUUCAGUUUGACUCCUCUCGUUGAGGCCGCUCUCCAGCAGACUACAGAAAACGGCUGCUGCAGCCUCGGGGUUCUUUCUAUGGACCCAUCAGGAGAAAAGGUCCGAUUUGCAACGAGUGGUUUCAUGCGUUUGCUGGUGCUGCGGCGGUCCUCUGCCUCGGGUAUUCUGUGUCGCAUAGCGGAGGCGCCAAUGCGCAAUGCAGCAAUAGCAGCAGAGUCGCAGCUGUUCAGGUGGCCGGGUGUUGAUGACUUGCUGGAAAAAUUCAACAACGAAAAUUCCUCUACAUGGAAACGGGAAUAUGAAAAAAGGGAAGAGCAAAAGAAAGCUUCUGCUGGUGACCCGGGGGCACGCAGACAAGGACUAAUGCGAGUCGUGGAGUGGGCAGACACCGGAACCCCGUGGAGUUCUCGAGGCCUUGUAGAGCAAGAGGUAUUUGUUCAAGAAGGCGAUUUCUUUGUUAUUGCAGACGAAAUUUUGUUUGAAGUGGUCUCUUGCGAAGAAAUGCGUCAUUUGUUUUCUUGCUGUCUCACAUCAGUAGAGAGCCAAGAUGCGACGGACGUAUCCUUGUGCAUUGCCCCUUCUUGUCUUUGCUUGCUGCUCAAACGCCUGUGGCGGCAACGCGUGCCGAAUAUGCAGGCGCUUUUAAGCAGACUAGAAGAAAGACAACAAAAACUAAUUGCACAGGCGACCGGAAGACGAGCAGUGAACGCAACGCUUGACGUCUGCCCCCUCGACCUCUCCAUCGCAGCAGGCUGGAUCCGUAAACCCCGACAAAAGGACACAAAUACUCUGGAAGGGACAAAACCAAAUGCAAAUGCUGAGACAGACACCAGCAGAAGAAUAAGCUCAAGUGCAGAUACGGAAACAGAGACAGAUGCAGAUGCAAAUUCAGAUGUCUCGAGAGACAGUUGA